AAAAUAUUCGCCGAUGCUCAAGCUCAUAUUCACACUACAGUCGUGGUAGGGCUGACUACAAUUAACUUUGUUUAAAAUGCUCGUGUUAAAGCUUCGAUUUAUCCUUUCUCCCACGGUUCUCGUGGCCGUGGCUUUACUGACAACCGCCAGCUGCGAAAACUCGGUUGAGGUGGUCGAUAAUCAGAUACCUCCACCGCCCGCAGACCCCAACCAAUCUGGGCCUGGUUCCGGCGAGGUGGCCGAAAAAUCAGGGCCGCAGGCGGCUGCAUUGGCCGAAAAAUACGCCCCCGGGCCGUAUUGGUCGAUGGCGACCAUCACGAACGCCCUGACACCGGUUUCGGACCUGUUCGCGCCGCCGACGUGCAGCCCGCAUCCCUUGGAGCGCGUCUUCGAGAACCCUGACCUGGCUCCGCUCUUCAAGGAACUGCCCAAUCUGAAAGACGAGCUGAUGGCGCUCGCCCCUGGGGAUCAGCAGAACGCCGAGUUCCUCUUCAAGGUCUACGUCAGUUUGAGCAACGCAGUUACUCCCUUCUUCCACCGCGCCGUCGAGCUCAUCACCGUGAGCGCCCCCAAGGUGACGGAUCUUGCCAAGUUCAACAUCGCCGCUGAGCUGUCAACCUAUGUCCAGUCCGUCGUGGAUCCCAUCCCCAACGGAUUCUCGCUGGUUGCCAAAUACAAAUUGAGACCUCCUAAGAAUCCAGGAAUCAGGGUUCCUUCUUUGCGAGAGCUUAGGAAUGUAGUCGGCCGCGUGGUGUUGAAGAACGUAGGGGCACCGCCUAUAUUAACCGUCAUCAGAUUGCACAUACAACUAUCAAUUUUGGUCAAAACUUAUAUUCGAAGGCAGGCGCAUAAUCUCUACAUGGAUCACGGGAAUCACCCUAUCAUGCUGAUAACUGACGCGAGCCAAACGAAGGAUGCUGCUAGUCAAACGCAGGAUGCUAGUCAAACGAAGGAUGCUGGCCAAGCGAAGGAAACUAGCCAGACGGAGGGUGCUAACCAGACAGAGUAUAACACUCAAAAGGAGGAUACGAACCAGAAGAAGGAGAUCGCGACCGAUUCGCAGCCUCAGCCGCCGAAAGAUGAACCGGCCGAGUCUCAUUUUCAACCUUUGAGAGCCGCAUCGGAACACUUUAAGAAAAUAACCGGCAUCAUCAUAAAGCUCCCAAUAUAAGAGGCAGGAAUAACGAGACGGAGCAAAUGCUGUGGUUAAGCCCAAAAUACACCUAAAAACUAAAAGCGCAAAAUUAUUACCGCGAUCGUCUGUUUUUGUCACGUUUAACACGGAUUAUUAACGUUUUCUUCUCUUUUGGAUAUCACAAGAACCCUGGGCAGGCAACUGUUAGGGAGAGGGGCCAUCCAUAAAUUACGUAACCCAUUUUUUCCAAUUUUUCGUCCCUCCCUUCCUCAGUGUAUCCAAUCGUCAUCCACUGCUAGACCCCCGGGUAAAAAUUACGACAUCCUCAGCGUACCCCCUCCCCCCAAUUUUUGGGAGAAAACGCAGAAUAGCUGUACAAAAUCAGCAGAUAAAGUCGGCAGCGUAAAAAACAUGAUUAAUUUAUCGAGUAUUAAGGAUAUGUUGCGUUUUUCUAUUCUUUAUGGGAGAAAACGCAGAAAAUCGAUAAAAUUCAGUUUAUCUAGUUUGCAGCGUUAAGAACAUCAACGUAUUAAAUUGCAAUCAAGCAUUUUCAGCCUUUUCGCCUUCAAGAGAGAUUACAUCAUCCUGGGCUUGACCCCCCACUCCCCCUCACCCACCGUCAUCCACAGCUAGAGCCCCCCUCCCCCCACCUUUGGUGACGUACUUUAUGGACGGUCCCUAAAAGAAGCAUCGGAUCUGCUCCGUGAAUGUGAAGAGUCAAUGAAAUUUCACAUUCAUUCUCAGGUAAAACAUUUUUAGUAUUAACGUUUUUCAUAGAAGCGCUUUAAAUCGCGAUUUCGCCCGUGCGACAUCACUGAAAAGAUCUCUUGUUUCUCGAAACGAUCAGUCCUCUCUCGUGGAAAGUAACUCAUGAGUUUGAUUAUGACGAGAAGAAAAUUGGUUUUUGCAAUUGAAUUAUAUACAAUUUAGAAUACAAUUUUUAGGGACUCCCACCAAAACCGACCAACGAACUCUAAAAUCCCAAGAGAAUAUUGACGACAGACGAGAGAGGACGUUGACCUGUCAAAUAUUAAGAAUAUUUGCAUAUUUUUCUAACUUUUAGAAUAUCGUACAGUUAAACAUUUAGGAAGUGGAAUUUGCAUGAUAAUUUUUGCUGACGCACUAUGAACAUACAAUUACAUCGAUGUUAUGUAUAUUUUUCUUUUUGAUAUUGUUCACCUUUUUUCACCUUUUACAUCAAAUUAUAUUAUAACCAACACUGAAUGAA